GUUAUGUUUAUCGGUACACACAACUGGUAGAUCGGCCCAUUAGUCAUGAAUGACUGAUUUUGGGCUGGACAAAUUACAGCAGCCGAGGGCUGAUGCCUCCUCCCUCAUGGCCCGCGGCUGUCAAUCAAUGAGUCACACGGACAGGAGAAUGGAGAACAACGCGUGGCAAAACACGCAAAAAGGAGAGAGACAGGCAGAGACACAGCAUCAGCUGUGUGUCCCAAAGCACAGCAGCGAGAUUCUCAGCAACUUGGGAGACUUCCAGUUUCUCUUCAUCGACCUCGUCAUCAUUCUCAUCAUCGCCUUUACAAUGAGUCUGAACGCAGCGUGGAAGGAACUGGUGUGGCGUCGCCCGCCCUCCAGUCUGAUCUCAGGCCCACUGCUUUUCUCCGUUCUGACCCAGAUCCUCACCUGCCUGGCCUUCCAGGUCCUGGCCUUCUCCUUGGUACAGAAGCAGAGCUGGUACGAAACAUGGACGCCUCAAUCUAAUGCCUGCAACAGCUCCAGGCCCGGGUUCUAUCGCAGUCUGAACGUGUCCAUGUCUGUUGACCAUAAAAACAUCAGGAACUAUGAGAACACCUCCCUCUUCUACGUUUCUUCCUUCCAGUACCUGGUGGUGGCCAUCGUUUUCUCCAAGGGGAGGCCCUUCAGGCAGCCCCGAUACAAAAACUGGCCGUUCAUGGUGUCCUGCGCUGGGCUGUAUUCUUUCCUCCUCUUCAUCAUGCUGUAUCCUGUCCCUGCCAUAGACAGAUUUCUUGAGAUCGUGUGUGUUCCUCAUGACUGGCGUGUGACUCUGCUCAUCAUUGUUGCAGCGAAUGCAGUGGUGUCUUUCCUGCUGGAGAUUGUGAUCCUUGACAUCAUCCUGUGGAGGCUUGUAUUCAGAGACAAUCAAGGGGCGAAAAGCCCCGGAGAGUCCUCCUUUGCCCCCACACCACAGGAGGCCAACGAGCGCUGGGGGGCGACAUUCCUCUCUCACUUAUUCUGUCAGAGAAAUAAGUCCCCGAGGGUCCUCUACAGCCAGCUCGCUCUGGAGCUGCAGGAUGCCACCGACUGGCCCCCCAAACCCUCCACCGUCACCUUGGCCACUAAUCCAGUGUUGUGUGUCUCUGCCCCCCUCUGAUGAACCAAACAGGCCUUAAACCAGCCUGCAUUCAACAAUGAGCUGGAUUCUUUUGGACUCUGAUCAGACCUCACUCAUAGUUUUGAUUCAACCAGCAAAUCUAUUUAAACCGUCUACUGUUUUCUACCUGCUGAAAUCUGGACCAACAGUGUAAAAAACAAAGAAAUUCUGCAUUCAUUCCCUGAAAUAAGAUAACUUUUUCUUUUUUAUUCAGUUAAAGAAACAGAGAUCAACACCUGGAUCUGUGAUUUUAAAGCAGCAUGCUGCUUUCAAAACCUCGUUUUUUGUGUUUUUUAUAGAGACGUCCAUGUUUCUUUAACAAAAUGUAAAAUCACAUACUGUAACCUCAGACUGACUGCUUUAAGAAGAAACAGCUUUUCAGUCAUCCUGCAGUUCUUCCAUUAGCUUAAUAACAAAUGUGGAAGAAACAGCUGGAAGUGGUGAUCUGUGGAAAAGUUCUGAACAGUUGAUCAGUGUUUGUUUCUUUGUUGACAGUCCUUGAUAAUAAAUCUCACACCAUUGAA